AGUAAUGUCUUGCACGUUUGCUAAACCAACUAAUAAAUCAGAGCUACACUUGUCAAAUCUGACACCUGAGACAUUAUAUAGCAUACGCAUAUUUACCGCAUUUGGUGGGAUGGAAAGCAAAGAACCACAGACUAUUUUAUCAUAUACCGCACCCAACAGUAUAAGUAAGGAAAAUGUUGAGAUCAUGGAAAAGACAACGCGUUUGUUAAAGACGACAUGGCUUUCUGUAAAUGGCUCGAUCAGCGGAUACAUUGUAAUGUUUACGUGCCAAAGCCCGAACUUCAACACAUAUACACAGAGUUUCAACUCAACGGUGACGGCAAACGAAGCCACCGUUGACGGCCUUGACCCGGGGACAUUAUGUUUUCAAGCUGUUCAAACGUAUCUGAUUAAUGGGAAUGUUGGAACACUCUAUGGUGAAGUGGUGACGAAUGAACUCCCGGAAAGCUCAAUUAAAGCAGGCAAUCGACAAGUUUCAACGACACGUUUAACAGCUCCUGAGAAUGUACACAAUCUGAGGAGUACCAAUGUAACAUCUAACUCAAAGACUCUUCAAUGGUCACCACCGAGCAUUAGAAACGGUAUUCUUCGCUUUUAUAUUGCGUGGGUUAAUGACACAAACAACACGUGCGUACAAAGUGCAGUGUGGAAGUGUUCUAAUUGUAGUGAUCAGUCGCCUAAUUCAAACUUUGCGUGUGAGGUCGUCAACACCUAUAACUUUUCAGCAGAGGAACCGCUGUCUUGGUCCAUAACAAACUUGCAUCCGUUCAGAAAUUACACGGUGUAUAUAGCUGCCUAUACAAUUAUGAUAGGGUCGUACUCCGAUGUAAACAUUUCCACUCUUGAAGAUAUUCCAGGUUAACCCGUAGAUUUAAAAUACACUAAACUGUAUGCUCACUUCAUUGAUCUGGAUUGGUUGCCACCAUAUGAGCGCAAUGGAAUCGUGAGGAACUACACAGUAAAGUAUGCUUACAAAGAACGAAAGUGUCGUGACAUUGGUGACAUAAAAGAAGCUAUACUACAUACUCUCACACACGAGAGUAACAUGACGGAAAAUAUAUUUCCAUUUUGGAGGAACGAUAUAUCAGUCCGAGCAACAAAUAAUAUCGGGGCAGGGAAUUUUUCCGAUGUGCUGGUUGUUCAAACACACGAAUCAAGUAAGAACGUCGUCUUUUAAAAGAACACUGAACGUCUUUAAAAUAAUUU